AUGACUGGCCGUCUUGGACGUUUUAAGUUGGCCAUCCAAGCCUAUGACUUAAAGAUUGAGCAUCGAAGUGGGAAAUCAAAUAACUUCUGUGAUUAUCUCAGCCGAUGGCCACCAGCAGUCUAUUCCGUUGAACAGGAAACAGUCGACUUGACAUUACUCGAGCUUAACGCACCGAGAGUCGUCCUUGACGAACUCGUUAUGGAGCAGAAGAAAGACAGCUUAUAUGCUGUCAGUUCGAAAUCGCUUGGCGACAACCCAACUGGAGAGAGCCAGCCCAACAGCCCCCAGAUACCAGCUUUUCAACGAUGUUCUGUGCGUCGAAUUCCAGAAAAACCCAGGAAGCUUUCGAAUAUACGUACCAAAGACGCUUACAAAUCGCUUAAUGCGGGAGUUUCACGCAUCCCCUUUGUACGGCGGACAUUUAGGGCUAGAACGGACAUUUCUGCGCCUGGCCCAGCGAUUUUGGUGGCCCAAAAUGAAUCAAGACGUUCGAGACUUUGUUAA